GGCUGCUAAAUAGUAAAUGCCUAAAUCCAAACGUAUGGGAGCUAAACGCAUAGAGUAUUACUCUAUGGCUUAACGUAAUAUGUAUAUCUCAAUCCGUGAUCUCAAUCAACCAAAUCAACCAUCACUAUAAUAUGUAUUAAUAUUACAUGUAUGAAAUAUCGUUUUUCAGUACUUCAGUAGUCUGUAGGUACUUACGUCUCACAACAUGCUUGAGACUUCAGGUUUAAGUGUACAAUAAUUAAUGUCGUUUCCUGUUAAAAAGUACAAACCGAGAUGGCUUUAUUUUUAUUCAUCGUGCCAUCAAUUAUGAAACGCAUUAUCAUAAGCGUUUAGUUUUUACGCAGGUUCAAUAUAUGUGUGUGCUAGGUAAACAUAGUAUGAAUACAUCAAUUUUAAAAUGAAAGAUAAAAAACUGAAGGGUCUUCGAAUUGAUCCAACGUUAUAUCGAUCCAGUGUAUGGCGGCUUGCGGCUUACAGUCGAAUGUCUAUUGUGAUUUUACAGUACAUCUUCAAUGCUCUGAUUCCAGAUCACCAAGCUCAGGGAGUGUUCAUAUCGCCGGGCCUUCGUGACAGUGAUGAUACCAGUAUUGGCCGUUCUGUAACUGCUAUCCUAGGUGGUUUCCUCCGUUGGGAUGCUCAAUAUUUUCAUCACAUCUAUCGAUAUGGUUAUACUUAUGAAAAUACAUUGGCUUUUUUUCCGCUAUAUCCCAAUGUUUUACGGCUGUUAACUGCAAUCUUUCCUGGUCAUUCAAACACCAUGUUUCUUAUUGCGGGAGUCAUCUUCAAUAAUUUAAUUUUUGUUUUCACUGCAUUGGUGUUAUUCAAUUUGACUUUACGCAUACAUAAUAAUGUAGAAAUGGCAUAUAAUUCAACAGUCCUGUUUUGUUUUAAUCCCGCUAGUGUUUUCUUCUCUGCUCCUUAUUCAGAAUCACUGUUUGUAUUUACAACAUUUUAUGGUAUGUAUCAUACUGCAUGUGAAAAUAUUUGGAAGUCUUCACUAUUAUUCGGUUUAUCUGUGUUGAAUAGAUCCAAUGGUUUACUGAAUGUCGGUUUUCUAUUAUAUUAUAUGAUUCAAUCAGCCGUCAAGAAAAGAAAAAUAUCAUUCAAAUGUCUUAUUGGUAUAUGUUUUGUUUUUGCAUGUUUCAGUCUGUUCCAAAUGUAUGGGUAUUAUAAAUUCUGUACUCUGGAAGAACACACAUUAGAUCCCGAAGUUAUUGACUAUGCAAUUACAAAUAACCUAAUAACACCAAACAACAUUAGUAUUCCAUUGUGGUGUGGAGUACGUUUACCAUACUCUUACGUUCAAGAAAAAUAUUGGAAAAAUAUUGGUCUCUUAAGUUAUUUCCAAUUUAAACAGAUUCCAAAUUUUUUGUUAGCUUCACCUUGUAUUUUUCUGCUGUUAAAAUUCGGUUUGGAAUAUUUUUGUAACAAUAAUAUAAUUUAUUUAGGUCUUAGAAAUCAAGAUAAACCAGAUUUUGUAUAUGUUGUCCAUUCAACGUUCUUAACUAUUUUUUGUUUAUUUUGUAUACAUGUUCAAGUGACCACUAGAAUGUUAGCGUCUUCAAGUCCAGUAUUUUAUUGGGCUUGUGCAAAUUAUUUCAAGUUUCCACUACAUUUCAAUAAAAUUACUUACAACCGUAUAAUGUAUGAUUCUAAAUCGAAAUUGGUGGCUUUGUACUUUUUUACAUAUUUUAUUGUCGGCACAGCACUUUUUGUGAACUUUUUACCAUUUACUUAGUUCACAAAUGUUGAUAAAAAAUUAUUUUAAAUUUAACCAUCAACUAUAAUUUUUAAGUAUAAUAUUGUUUAUGAAGAAAAAUUUUAAAAGAUAUAUUAUAUGACCAAAAAAGU